GGCGGGGCGGUGCCGCGCCGGAGCGGCCCCCACCCCGCGGGGAGGCGGGCGGAGGGGGAGGGGGAGCCCGCCAGCGCUCCCCCCCGUGGUGACAGUUUCUAGAAGCACGUCCCGGCGUCCUUUGCGCUCUCAACAUGGAGGAGCUGACGGUGGAAGUGCGCGGCUCUAACGGGGCCUUCUACAAGGGAUUUAUCAAAGAUGUUCAUGAGGACUCGCUCACAGUUGUAUUUGAAAACAAUUGGCAACCAGAGCGCCAGGUACCCUUUAAUGAAGUCAGAUUACCACCACCCCCUGAUAUCAAGAAAGAAAUUGGUGAAGGAGAUGAAGUGGAGGUUUAUUCUAGAGCAAAUGACCAAGAACCUUGUGGCUGGUGGCUGGCAAAAGUUCGAAUGAUGAAAGGAGAGUUUUAUGUCAUUGAAUAUGCUGCUUGUGAUGCCACUUACAACGAAAUUGUCACUUAUGAACGACUCCGACCUGUGAAUCAAAAUAAAACUGUCAAAAAGAACACCUUUUUCAAGUGCACAGUGGACGUUCCUGAAGAUCUGAGAGAUGCGUGUGCUAAUGAAAAUGCACAUAAAGAUUUCAAGAAAGCUGUGGGAGCGUGUAGAAUUUUUUAUCAUGCUGAAACUGCUCAACUAAUAAUACUGUCUGCCAGUGAAGCAACAGUGAAGAGAGUGAAUAUACUGAGUGACAUGCAUUUGCGCAGCAUUCGUACCAAACUCAUGCUAAUGUCAAGAAACGAAGAAGCUACAAAACACUUAGAAUGCACAAAACAGCUUGCUGCAGCAUUUCAUGAGGAAUUUGUAGUCAGAGAAGAUUUAAUGGGACUUGCUAUAGGAACACAUGGCAGUAACAUACAACAAGCCAGAAAGGUUCCAGGAGUUACUGCUAUUGAACUUGAGGAGGAUACUGGUACCUUCAGAAUCUAUGGAGAGACUGCUGAUGCAGUAAAAAAGGCUAGAAGUUACUUGGAAUUUGUGGAGGAUUUUAUUCAAGUUCCCAGAAAUCUUGUUGGAAAAGUUAUUGGAAAAAAUGGAAAAGUGAUUCAGGAGAUUGUAGACAAGUCUGGAGUCGUCAGGGUGAGAAUUGAAGGAGAUAAUGAAAAUAAACUGCCCCGUGAAGAUGGGAUGGUACCGUUUGUAUUUGUUGGUACUAAAGAAAGCAUUGGAAAUGUCCAGGUUCUUCUAGAAUACCACAUCGCAUAUCUAAAGGAGGUAGAACAACUAAGACUGGAAAGGCUCCAGAUUGAUGAACAAUUGCGUCAGAUCGGUAUGGGUUUCAGACCUUCUUCCGCUAGAGUUCCUGAAAAAGAAAAGGGUUAUACAACUGAUGAGAGCACCCUUUCCUCAGUGCAAGGUUCCAGAUCCUACAGUGGAAGAGGGCGAGGUCGCAGAGGCCCCAAUUACACAUCUGGUUACGGUACAAACUCUGAGCUCUCUAAUCCCUCUGAAACAGAAUCUGAGAGAAAAGAUGAACUUAGUGACUGGUCCUUGGCAGGAGAGGACGACAGAGAAAGCAGACAUCAGCGUGACAAUAGACGACGUCCUGGAGGACGAGGACGUAGUGUAUCUGGAGGUCGUGGGCGUGGUGGACCUCGUGGUGGCAAGUCAUCCAUUAGCUCUGUGCUUAAAGAUCCGGACAGCAACCCUUACAGCUUGCUUGAUAACACGGAGUCAGACCAGACUGUGGAUACCGAUGCUAGUGAAUCUCACCACAGUAGUAACCGUCGCAGGAGGUCACGCCGGCGAAGGACUGAUGAAGAUGCUGUUCUUAUGGAUGGAAUGACAGAGUCUGAUACAGCUUCUGUUAAUGAGAAUGGUUUAGAUGAUAGUGACAAAAAACCCCAGCGACGCAAUCGUAGCCGCAGGCGUCGCUUCAGGGGUCAGGCAGAAGAUAGACAGCCAGUAACAGUAGCUGAUUAUAUAUCACGAGCUGAAUCUCAAAGUAGACAGAGAAACCCUCCAAAGGAGACACUAGCCAAAACCAAGAAAGAAACGGCAAAAGACGCGAUUGAUGAAAACAGCCCUUCUGAAAAGGCAGUGAAUGGUCCGGCUACAACGUCUGGGGAUGAGCCUUCUAAACUACAGCACAGCCCUGAUGAAAAGAAAGUUACUGUUCAAGAGGAUGGAAAUAAUCAGGAAGAAGCAGUGCUGAAUGGUGUUUCAUAAACUGAAGUUCCUAGUUUACAGUUCUUUUACAUUACAUUUAAAAUAGUGCUUGUAUAAGCUUGCCAAAGAUAGAAUAUGGAUCGCCAGUCUUGACACCGCACUUUCAGUUCCUCCAUUUUGGAAUACAGAAAGGGGAGGGAUCCUGAAGAAAUCAUAUGUUAAACAUACUUUGACACCUACUGUGUUAUAAAUAUAUCAUCAGAUGUGCCUUGAGAUAGUAUAUGUAACAUUUAAAUAAACAAAAUUGCUGGCUAUAGGAAAUGUUAUUUUGUUUUCAAAAUAUGGCAAAGAUGUGAGGGGGAUCCCUAACAUAAUACUCUUUAUGAAAGCAUUAGCUGCUUUUGUUACAUUUUUAAUAAUAUGCAACCACUUCUUCACCUGAGGAAUACUAGAAAGAAAUGCAGUCUAAAAUAUUUUGCACUGAAAUGUAAUUUCUCCAUUAGUUUAGUCUGGAAACUGGUCUGUUUUAAUACAUGUUUUUUAAAUGCUGUAUGUAGAGGAAAAAUCUGCAGACCACUGGAAUACAUUUGUUAAAUUCUCAUAAUCUGCAGGGAUACUGGGUGACAUUGGCAGUGACUGUUCUACAUUGAGGCUUUGUUUGGUUUAUUUAUUAAACUGUACAGUAUUUAAAAAUCAAACAUAGCUUUAGUUAACACUAAGCUGAAUUAGUCAUGUCCAUUAAGACAUAACCUGAACUACUGAAAAGAUCAAUUUCCAGAAAGUUUAUUCUGUAUAAACUACAUAUGUUAGUCCUUAGUAGAGUAUUUUUAUUUUUGUUUUGGUUGUUUGAUGUGCAAUAUGUUUUUUUUGUAUGCUGGUAGUAAAAGAAAAUAAACUUUGAUCUUCCA